CUUCCCCCAAACUCCAUUUUUAACCCUUCUCUCUACCAUAUCUCUCCCCAUUCUCCACCAAAUCAACCCAUUCCUCCACCAAAAUACUCCCCUCACUCUCCUCUCCAUAUCUAUACCCAUAAAUCCCAUCUUCCCCAAACUUCCACCAAAUCCAUAAAAAACCCUACCUCAUUCGAAUUUGAGCUCCAAAGCUUCACAAAUGGCUCCAAGGAAGCAAAGGGGAGAAAGUUCAAACUCCAUGGCACCUAUUCCCGGCUUUGAGGACAUAAUUCCCGCCGAUAACGAGCACCGGGCUAGACUCCUCUCCACGAUUAAAAGGCAAGUAAAACCUUCCCGUUUCCUAUGCCAUAAUGCUCUCCAUGAAUUGGGUGUUUAUAAGAUGAUGAAAAAGUUCUUUCAUGAGUUGAGUAUGGAUCGUAUCUUCAAAAUGAAAUACAAUUCGAAUGAAAGAAUUAUAUAUGAAUUCAUAAGCUCGGUGCAAUUUGAGAGUGAUGAAGAUGACUUUAGGGAUGACAAGCUCAAGUUUCGUUUGUUCAAUCAAAAUUAUUCUAUUACAAAACUUGAGUUUGCCGAACACUUUGACAUCCCCGUGCCUUACGAGAGAACCAUCUCGGAUACCACCAUUUUUGGGCACUCCCUAUGGACAAAGAUGACCGGGGAAGUGAAAUUUAGUUCAUCCCAAAUGUACAUUAGUCAUGUCCAACACCCCGUCCUCCGGUUGUUCUUGAAAUUCUUAGCCAAUUGCUUGCUUGGCCGUCCCAACAACCAUCACACUCGAAUCGGGGACGUGUGCUUAAUGUCCGUGGCUUUAUUCCGUCGUCACGUGGAUUUUAAUUUGUGCAAUCUCAUGUGGGCACAUUUGAAAAAAGAAAGCUUAGCAAAAGGGGCCAUAGUUGUGGGGGGAGUGAUAAUGCACUUGGCAAGUAAGUUCGGGUAUACGGACAACUCUCCUAUACCCGACUUUUGCUUGAUGGAUAUGGGUUGGUUAGGACGCUCAGGAUGUACAUCUUUCUCCCAUACGGUGUAUAUUGGAGACCAACCCAAAAACAUGUACAAUUGGGUCAUUCACGUACAGCCUAACCAAUAUUUCCUAAUGCCAAACCCGGACACCCCCAAACUACGCUACAAACCGGAGUUCGAGGAGCCUCACUACCUUUUCCCUCACGCCCUUCGACCACAUCUCCAAGAACCCGACGCCCAAAACCCCCCCGAAGAUCAACACGACCAAGAACAACAAGAGCACCCAGAACCCGAGGAUGCACCUCACCCCAUGCUCGAAUACAACCAAGCCCCACCACCCCCCGAUUACUUCCAACAAUUACUUGACGGGUUCGACAGAGUUACCAAUGAAGUUGGUAAGUAUCGGGAGGAACAAAGGGCGGGAUUUCAAAGACUAGAAGAGCAAAGGGCCGAAGACAACCGACGGUAUGAAGAGGAUCAACGUAGGUUCUAUGUACCCAUGUACUCUUACAUGGCUCAUCAAGGCCAAUUCCACACCAUGGCUCAACCACCACCACCCCCCUCUUGGUAUGACCCCACUCAAUGGGGUAAUUUUGGAGGAUCUAGCUCCGGGGGUGGAGGUUUUGAUGGCGGGGAUGACGGCGGCGAUACCCACAUGGGCGAUGGGAGCUAUGGAGGAGGCUUUGGAGGCGGCUUCUAUGGCGGAGAAGGCGGGCACUAGGGACCGUGCUUGAUCUAGGUGUGGGGGAGGAGACUAAUCAUGGAACUCAUUUGAUCUCUUUAGGAGAAAGAGGAGAAAGCAAAGAAGAAGAGGCAAGAAGAUGGAGCAUAGAAGAUCAUAAAACCCAAGAGAAAAAUGUUGUGUGUAAAAUCAUUCUCUUAUUUCUUGGUGGUCUUAGUUCCUUUCUUUCUUGAACUCAUGAAAUGAUCUUAAACUAUUUGAAACAUUUGACUUUACUCGAGGACGAGUAAAGAGCUAAGUGUGGGGG